AUGGGCUCUGACAGAAAAUGCUACUUUCCUUCUGGCGCGGAAGCCCCAGGGAACGUCCCAUGCUCCAAAGAUACAGUUGCCUCAUGCUGCGGUGAGGAGGACAUAUGUCUGUCCAAUGGAUUAUGCCUAAACGUCGGGCAUCAGCCGUAUGUUCUUUCGCGAGGGGCUUGCACCAGCGACAGCUGGGCGACAGGAUGUGCGCCUUAUUGCACGAAUGCGACGCCUCACGAAGGCGCCUCUAUCAUCAACCUCACCUAUCAAAAUGGCACUGCCGAAUAUUGCUGCGGCACUCCGGUGAUCAGCAACGAUGCCAUCGUCUGCCCCGAUGGCGACUCGACCGGCUUCACUGUCCCGUCAGGAACGCCUCUCGCCGGCGCAGCACUUCUCUUUAACGUCUCCUCUUUCGCUCAAUCCUCAUUACCAACAUCGACAUCUAAUUCCACAGCAGGCUCCUGCGAAUCAGAAUUCUCAACCUGCCAUCAAACAGCGAUUGGAGUUGGAGUUGGCGUUUCUUUGGGAGUGGUCGCUAUAAUAUCCAUCAUGUGGGCGCUCUUGGAGAGGGCAAGGGCUACAAAAAGAAGCGCGAUUCCCUUUUCAGGUGGGAAUGAUGUUGGCGGAUCAUAUGGGCAACUGGACCAACAUGAACAUCGCCCUGGACCAGUGGAACUGGGAUCACUACAUGCAACACAAGAGUUGGAUGGCGCGACAACGUCAGAGCUCAUGGCAGCAGGAGCGCCUAUGAAACGGCGAUGA